AUGCAGUUCCAUUGGAAGCAGGUUCCUCGUUCCGAGAAAAAGGAGACCAAGGAUCGCGAGUGGGUCGCGUUGUCAGAACACAGGCUGACACGCUCUGACACGGGUCUAGUGGCCAGAAAGUGGAGUCCCACCGUCACCAUCAGCCCGCUGCUCCACGAUGAGGAGUCAUCGACUUCAUCGUUCCGGUGCCUGGCGAAACAUGGCGGUGUCGCAGACGACGGCCUAGUGCAAGGUCAUAGGCAGCAGCGCCCUGCGACUACAAACAAGACGCACCGUCUCCAGAUCUCGCUGCCCACGAACACAGCCACCAGCUCAACCUCAGUCGAUUUCCCAGCGGCCGUCGACGUCUCACAGGUCCGACUCCCUUCUCUUCUCGGCGCCAGCAUCUCCGCCUCCACGCCUGAGGCUUCAUUCAAUGCAGACCCUCUCCCUGACGCGCGCACGACCGACCGCCUGACCGCCGUGCAUUCUCGCCACCAGGGUCCAGCAGCCCACCAGGGUCCAGCAGCCCACCAGGGUCCAGCAGCCCACCAGUCCCCCGCGGGCCAAUCCGUCCACACGCCUAGUACUCGCACGCCUACUGGCACGCACGCGCUCCGCCUCGAGGACGAACAACAAAAAAACACUGGCACGCACGCGCUCCGCCUCGAGGACGAACAACAAAAAAACACUCGUACGACCACCACGCCGUGGCCGUAG